CACCCACUUUAUUCUUCAUUAGAACUUCCCACAAACCGCAAAACCCGUCUUUCUUUGGCCGAACACAAAACUCACCUUCCACCUUCUCCCAAUCUUUCCGAUUUCCACCAACAACACCGAUUCACCCCAAGGCUCGUUCUCACGAAGCACAACUAUCCACAUAACUCUUGAAUCGCGAACCACCCGACGACAUCUCCCACAAUGAAGAUUAACGUCACUACCAUUCUCGCCCUCGCCGGCGCCGCUACCGUGGCUGCCGUCGACUACCCUUCCAACUUGCCUGAGUGCGGCAAAAAAUGUGCCACCGACAUGUUCGGCAAGGCUGCUGAGCUCGGCUGCGGCCCGGGUGACAUUACCUGCCUGUGCAGCAACGUGAACUUCGGCUACGGUAUCCGCGAUUGCUCAGCCGCUGUCUGCGCAAGCGUUGACCAAGUCAAUGAGGCCAUUGAUUGGCACAACAGCCUCUGCUCGAGCGCUGGUGUUACUACUGCCAGCCUUUCCUCGACCACUUCUGCCUUUGGCACUGCAACCCCUUCGGGCAGCCCUGUCACCAGCACGGCCACCACGGCCACUCCGAUCACGACGAGCACCUGGACUUCGGUCUUCACCAGCGGCUCCGCCACCACUACGCUCACCGGCGAAACCACCAUCUCGGGCAUUAGCGGCGUGGCAGGCGCCACCACCAUCCCCCAGACCACCGUGACUUCGCCGAUAGUCUCGACGCGUACUGAAGGUUCGUCGACUUUUGAGACCACCGUCGGAACCACGACCUUGGUCUCCAGCGUCACCGGGGAUGCCCUGAGCAGCGCCCUGUCCAGCCAGGCCUCGCAGGCUUCGUCCAGCAGCAGCAGCGGCCAGGGUUCCCAGAUCACAGCUGCUCCCGCCCUCGGCUUCAUCGCCGCCGCCGGCAUCGCGGCUGCUUUCCUAUGAGGUCUGCACGCCUAACAUGCGGAUUCUGGGAUGAACUUUCCCUGCGGGUCCUCUUGAUGGAUGCGUUACGAUUGCAUGACAGCUGGGGUGGAAGAACGGACGGUACCGAUCUUUAAUGGCUAUUGGGACAUGGUUACGGAUGGAGGCCCCG